GGGUGCCGUGGGGUGGCGGGACCGGGGCUGAGCAGGCCCCGUGGGGGGCAAACCGUGCCCUGCGGCUGUGGCCUCGCAGCGGGGCCAAGGCCAGCGGUAAAGGGCCGGCGGGGUCGGUAGUGCCUCCUCGCAGCCGGAGUAGAGAGUCGCUGCGUGCGGGGGAAACGAGUAGUUUGGAUGGUUUGGGGGGCCCUAAAGGGGAUUUUGAUGUUAGAAGCUCGUUGGCCAUGUCCCCACUAGUGUGUCUCCCCCCGCUGUGAAGAUGCUUUGGGGGGGUGGAUUUCCUUGGGACCUCACCGCCUUCCAUGUGCUGGGCCACCAGCCAGAGCUUUCAGGCUGUGAUGCCCUGGGAAGGGGACCUUUCAUUGCACCAGGUGAUAUAUCUCAGUAAUGACACAGCUUUGGCUUCUCUACAAGCCCCGAGCCACACCUGUGGGGUCGGAGUGACGUGCUCUGAUGCACUCCGGUUUCCCAGAGCCCAUCUUCUGGUUUAUCCUCUGUGGGCUGCAAGUGAAGGUGGCUUUUGUGCCAUUUGCCUGAGCCUCCCCAGCGGUGGGACUGAAGGAUCCUUCCUAUGGAAAAAAGGUGAUGGAAGCAGGUGGUAGAGGAGAGCCGAGGCAGGCUGCUGCGUCACACCGCCUUUGUUGCAGUGUACCUGGAGACGUAUGGCUGCCAGAUGAACGUCAAUGACACGGAGAUCGCCUGGGCCAUCCUGCAGAAGAGUGGCUACAGGAGGACAAAGGAGCUGGAUGAGGCAGACGUGGUUCUCCUUGUCACCUGUUCCGUCAGGGAGAAGGCAGAGCAGGCUAUCUGGAAUCGCCUGCGGCACCUCAAGGCGCUGAAAGCCCGGCGGCAGCAGGCGCGCUUACCUCUCCGCAUCGGGAUUCUAGGAUGCAUGGCUGAGAGGCUUAAGGAGGAGAUUCUGCACAGGGAGAAGCUAGUCGAUAUUGUGGCAGGCCCUGAUGCAUAUCGUGACCUUCCCCGGCUGCUGGCCGUGGCAGAGUCUGGCCAGCAAGCUGCUAAUGUCCUGCUAUCCCUAGAUGAGACUUAUGCAGAUAUUCUGCCUGUCCAGACUAGCAUGGGUGGCACCACAGCGUUUGUAUCUAUCAUGCGGGGCUGUGACAACAUGUGUAGCUACUGCAUCGUGCCUUUCACCCGCGGCCGCGAAAGGAGCCGCCCCAUCGCCUCCAUCCUGCAGGAAGUGAGGAUGCUCUCAGAUCAGGGAGUGAAAGAAGUGACACUUUUGGGUCAGAACGUCAACAGCUUUCGAGACAUGUCCGAGGUGCAGUUUCAGUCGGCUGCUGCCCCGGUGCUCAGUCGUGGCUUUAGCACAGUCUACAAAGCUAAACCCGGAGGCUUGCGCUUCGCGCAUCUUCUAGACCAAGUUUCUAGAAUUGAUCCAGAAAUGAGGAUCCGUUUCACCUCCCCGCACCCCAAGGAUUUUCCCGAUGAGGUCCUGCAGCUUAUCCAGGAGCGGCACAACAUCUGCAAACAGCUUCACCUCCCAGCCCAGAGUGGGAGCACACGAGUCCUGGAGGCCAUGCGACGAGGAUACACAAGAGAAGCAUAUUUAGAGCUUGUACACCAUGUCCGUGAGUCCAUUCCAGGAGUGAGCUUAAGCAGCGAUUUCAUCGCUGGCUUCUGUGGAGAGACUGAAGAAGAUCACCAGCAGACCAUGUCCUUGCUGCGGGAAGUCCGCUACAACGUAGGAUUCCUGUUUGCCUACAGCAUGAGACAGAAAACCCGGGCGUAUCACCGGCUGCAGGACGAUGUGCCUGCCGACGUAAAGCAGAGGCGGCUGGAGGAGCUCAUUACUGUCUUCAGAGAGGAGGCUGCAAGGGCAAAUGAGGCCAUGGUGGGCCAGAAUCAGCUGGUGCUGGUGGAGGGGCCCAGCAAGCGCUCUCCCUCGGAGUUGUGUGGGAGGAAUGAUGGCAACAUCAAGGUGAUCUUCCCUGAUGCUGAGACAGAGGAUGCUGCGGGCUGCGAGGCUCCGGGCAGAGCCCAGCCAGGGGACUACGUGUUGGUGAAGGUAACCUCUGCCAGCUCUCAGACCUUGAAGGGAGCUCUGCUCUGCCGGACUACCCUCUCCCGCUCGGCGGCUCCUCGCUGAGGUGUCCCUGCUGCCAGUGGGCAAAGGCAGCCUGUUUUCUCUAGGAAGAAACAAGGAAACUUGGUCAGGUGGAGAUGGAGUAGAAACAGGGAGAUAUGUGUAUAUUUUUAUAUAUAAAUAUAUAUAAAUAAUAAUAUAUAUAUAUAUAUUUCUGUUUUGGCAACAACCUACCAUCCCCAGAUCUGUGCAAUUCUGUAGGCAAAAGGGAUGGAAGCUGGGUAUGGACUUGCCAAACAGUGUCAUCUUCUAUUUUCACUUGCUCUCAGGUUGGCCCACCUUUGCCAUGCCCACGGUCUGUCCUGUCCCCUGACUUUGGUCCCGUCCCCUGCUGCAGCCCAGCCUGAGAAAUACCUACCUGCAGAGCAGGUCGUUCCUACUGGCUCAGUUGAAUUUAGGAGCUGCAAAACCUGGUAGUGCCUAAAAAAUACAGCUCCAGGAACUGCUGGAGAAUGGAAGGAAUAAUGCCAAAGGGCACGAAGAACUCAGUGAACAGAAGAUUGUGAUGAAUUCUUUCCAAAUAUUGGUAACUUCUCUAUUUGCAAAAUGCUUGGAAAGGGCAGGGAAGAAGCCACACUGUACCCGUAUGGUGGAAUAUGGCACCUGACUGUGGAAUAUAAAAUUAUGUUAACGUGCAUGAGUGAUGGUGAAUCUGUUGUAUCUGUGGCUGAGGGAGUGCACCUUUACCCCUGCACUGGGGAUAUUUGGAUUUAGGUUAGAGAGGAAGGAUUUCCCUGUCUCCAGGCCUAAGGGAUGUGUGUAAGGACUGGCUGCCAGCUGAGGGUUAUCUCCAGCCCGUUAAAACUUUAGGUGCAGCUUUGUAAUCCAAACAUCUGUGGAUGUCCUUUGCUUUGCUCACAGGAGGAGAGAAAUGUCCAUGCCAAUUUAAAUGGCCAAUAACUUAUUUAAGUGCGUUGUACAGGUCCUUGUUUUUAUCAGCCCUCAGCUAACCCUGGCCACGCCGUGUCAUAUUCCAGGCUGAUCUGCUAAAUUCCAGCAAAUACCUGUAACCUGCACUUGUAAGUAAACUCUCUCUUAAGAGAUGUGAGAAAGAAUCAUCCCUUUUAAUACAGAUAAUCAUGUUAUUAAAAUAAAUCAUUGUAAAAGGC